UGUUUAAUAUAGUAUCUCCUCAGUUUAAACCAUAAACACAUGCAGUCCACUCAAGUGGACAUCUGGAAAUCUCUCUGAAAAAUAGGUGUAAAAAAAAAAUUGCAUUUUGAGUCUUGUUUUUCAUGCCCUUAGAGAAAUAAAAACACAUAGGAAAAAUCCUGACUCAGGUUAUAAUUCAUGCACGAAAGAGUUAAUAAACAUCUCCUGAACAAUAGUAUAAAUAUGAGCAAAGAACACAGUUGGCUUCAGACUUCAACUGAAGACAUUACCAGACGACUUCAUUUCUUAACAUACCGAAUACACACAAGGACCCAGUCAUGGCAUCAGAGCUACAGAAGGUACUUGAUGCUAUGGAGAAUAAACUAAAAGAUCUGGAAACCAAACUUACUAACAGUGAAGUUCAGAUUGAGAAACUCCAAAAGGAAAACCAAGCCAAACCAAAGGUGUCAUUUUCAGCUGGAUUGGGAUUAAAGGAUUUCUUUGGACCAGUAAACGCAGAUACAACACUGAUUUACAAGAAAAUCUUCACUAAUGUUGGUGAUGCCUACAAGCAGGACACAGGGAUUUUCACAGCACCGGUACGAGGAGUUUACUAUUUCAGUUUCUUCUACCAUUGUGGAGAUAAUCAUCCAACAUGGUUGUACUUGUACAGAAAUGGACAGAAAGAAGCAAUAACAGGACAUCACAAGACUGGAUCUCAUAUAAAGAACGGAGGUAAUGGCUUAUCGCUGCUGUUGGAGAAAGGGGAUCAAGUCUAUAUUGUACUCCAAAAGGAUGCGUGGAUCUUUGAUAAAGAUAAUAUCACAGUGUUCAGUGGUUUCCUUAUCAAUGCCCUGUAAAUAAAAUGGGUUUACAGGUUAUGGUCAAAUAUCAGGCUACUUAAUCCAGUCUUUGUUUGAUGAGAAUGAAACAUUGAAACAUCAAAAUAACCAGCUUUGAAUAAUUUUUAAAAUGGCCAUUUACUCUUUUUGAUCAAAACAACACCAUCUUUAAAGAGCGUGUUUGUUAGCAUUUGUUUCCAUGGUUACUUGUUUGAUUAAUGCACUGCAUCUGCUUCAUUCUUUGGUUUAAUUUAGUACAGUAUAUAGUAUUGAUGAGUAUUGGGACGAAUAUUUCUCUUACUAACAAUUAAUCAUUUAAUCAGUUAUAUUUUAAUCAUAAGAAAUCAUUUAUUGUUUUAUGCUUUUCAUUCCUUUAUGACAAAAGUAUAUAGCUUCUUUCUUGAACUGUCCUUGUUGACCUGUUUUUUCUUUUCAUUCUGUUGCACAUGUAUGCAUUCUGAGUACUUUUCCACAAGCAUGUGCAGAUAAUGCAAUGUUAAAGUGUGGUGUUCAUUAAAUAAACAAUCUGAAAAAUAAUUAAUGAACUGGCAUGUAGCCUCUUUAUUUCUUCAGCACCGAA